AUGUUUAGAGUGAAGACAUUUACAAUUCCAAGUUUGUUUUCGAGGAGGUUCUUGUCAUUUAAGACAUUGGAAACCCCAAACCCCAAUGCUUUGAAGUUUGUUUCUCCAGAAUGCCAAAUUUUGCCAAUUCCAAGUAAGACAUUUGAGUUUACAUCCACUUUACAAGCAAUCCAUUCACCUUUAGCGUUAAAGCUUUUCAAAUUACCUGGUGUUAGAUCUGUUAUGUUGGGAGAGGAUUUCUUGACUGUGAAUAAACAGGACCAUAUUAACUGGGCUCAAUUGAGACCCGAGGUAGUGGAUUUACUUGAUGUAUUUUUGACUUCGAAGAAGGAUCCGGUAGUUACUAAAGAGCUUAUAGAGGAGAGCGAGAAAGAAAUAGAGAGCAGUGAAGAUGAUCUGGAGGUCGUUGCUAUGAUUAAGGAGUUGAUUGAAACUAGGAUAAGACCUGCUAUACAGGAUGACGGUGGAGAUAUCGAAUUUAAAGGAUUUGAUGAAGAAACGGGUAACGUGUUUUUGAAAUUGCAGGGUGCUUGUAAGUCAUGCUCCUCAAGUGAAGAUACUUUAAAGAAUGGAAUUGAACAAAUGAUGAAACAUUAUAUUGAUGGUGUUCAAGAAGUGAUACAAAUUCUUGACCCCGAAGAAGAGAUUGCACUUAAAGAGUUUGACAGAUUAGAGCAAAAGAUAAAACAGAAGAGCCAAGACUCUCCUCCUCCUUCCUUAUAA